AUGGCUCUCAAGGCAUUGGUCUACGUCGCUUUGCUGCCGGCGCUGGCCUUCGGGAAGAUUGACAGACAAAGAAUUGUUUCGCAAUUCAAUGUCGUUCGCACCAACCUGAUCAACAAUGAGACGACGCCGUUGCAAGUAGGCAAUGGAAACUUUGCGUUCAAUGUCGACAGCACGGGUAUGCAGACUUUUUUGCCAUUCAACACCUUAUCAAGCUGGGCCUGGCACAAUGACUCGUUGCCAACAAACGGCGAAAAACUCAGCGACUACACUGGCGUGCCCAGAUUGACUCACGGCCGGAACGUCUCCUACGAUAUCCCCGACUCCAAGCUUCCCGAAGUCUCCCAAUGGCUGAUCGGGAACCCGAACCGCAUCAACCUGGGACGCAUCGGUCUUAAGUACAAGGGGGCUACCCUUUCGGCAGACAAAAUCACAGAUCCUAAGCAAGAGCUGGAGCUAUGGAGUGGAAUCGUCACUUCGACCUUCAAAGUCGCUGGGGAGACCGUGAAAGUGGUCACUCAGGGUGAUUUUGACACGGACGCCGUCACCUUCCAGAUCGACUCCAGUCUCCUCUCUUCCGGCGACCUCCAGGUUGAGCUUGACUUCCCAUACCCGCCCAUCCACACGACCAAGUACAAGUAUGAGGUAUUUGCGGGUGUCUACGACUUCCCCUUGAACCACACCACUCGCAUUGUCAAGAGCUGUGGGCGACCGGAUCUGGCGCACAUCUACCACGAGCUACAAGAGACGAAGUACUACGUCAACUUGCGAUGGCCCAUCGACGCCCCGCUCGAACUCACCAGAGACGAACCUGAAGGCUCCAACAAAGUUACUGCUCAUCGUUACACGCUGUCCACUCCGGAUAGCUCUGCUUCUUCGUUCGUUUUCACGGCGCAUUUCUCGCCUGACCGCCGGGAGCCUGAAGUUCCGUCGGAGAUUCAGAAGCGCAAUGUCGUUGGAUGGCACGAUUACUGGACUGAAGGUGGCUUUGUCGACCUUACCCUCUCGUCCAACCCCAACGCUACGGAGUUGCAGCGACGUAUUAUUUUGUCACAGUAUCAUGUCCGUGUCAACAGUGCUGCGUCUGGUCAGUCACCUCAGGAGAGCGGCCUGAUGAACAAUGGCUGGUAUGGCAAAUUCCAUAUGGAAAUGGUUGUCUGGCAUAAUGCCCACUGGGUUACUUGGGGUCGUAAGAAGUACUUUGACAAUAUCUUCCCUCAGCUUUACCAAACUCUUUUGCCGUCUUCCUUUGCCAGGGCUAAGGCAAUGGGCUGGGAGGGAGCUAGGUGGCCCAAGAUGACCGAACUCAUCACUGGUGUUAGCUCCCCAGGAGGUAUUAACGGUCUUCUCCUAUGGCAACAGCCACACACAAUGUACUUGGCGGAGUUGGCAUAUCAGUCCUCGCCAACUGAAGACACUCUGAAGCAGUGGGACGAGGUGAUUACGGCGGCCGCCGACUACAUGGCAUCAUACGCCUGGUUUAACCAAAGCUCGGGUCAUUAUGACUUGGGUCCACCUUCAUAUGGUGUCACCGAAAACACACCUCCUCUGCAGACUCUCAACUUGGCUUAUGAGAUCGCAUACUGGAGAUACGGACUUGACAAAGCCCGCGAAUGGAAGAAGAGACUGGGCCAGUCGGUCCCAGAGAGUUGGACCACUGUAGCGGAGAAUCUUGCCCCUCCUCCCCAAGUGGACGGACGCUACGCUGUUUACGAAGGAGUCAACAGCACCUGGUGGAACGACCCAGAGCUCAACGGCGACCCGCGCAGUCUCAUCAUGAUGCAGGGAAUGCUCCCAGACACGCCCGCUGUCGAUCCCGAGGUGGCCUUGAAAACGGCUGACAAGGUCUGGGAGGUCUGGACGGACCAGAAGAUCCGCGGAUGGGGACGGCCUGUGCUUGCAAUCAACUCCGCCCGGAUCGGCAACCCUAAGCGAGCCAUCUACCACUUGACGGCGUACAGUUACUGGAAGUUUGACGAUGCCGGUUUUGCCAUAAGAGGGGGUGACGGUGGCACGCCUCCACCUUUCAUGCCUGGCAACGCCGGAUUUCUCUACGCAGUCGCGUACAUGGCAGCUGGGUGGCAAGGUUCGGAAGGCGACGCUCCAGGAUUCCCAACCGAUGCCGGCUGGGUUGUAAAGCACGAGGGCCUGCAAAAAGCUCCUUGA